GGAAGUUUGGCAAUUGGGCGUGUAGUAGUAACGGACAGGGAGUAAAGGGAAUUGGAAGUCGUUUAUCUCCCUCUUUUCUUUAAAGUCUGACUUCACCUGACAGCCGAGUACAAUUCAACAGAUACCUUCUUCGUUAAACGGAAGAAGCCAUUCGAGGUAUUUGGGUCAGCCGAGUGUGAACAAGAUAAGAGGAAACGACGAGAGCUGUCAUUGGGUUCGGCAAGGCCGUGCAUGGUUGGAGCGUGCAGGGAUGGCGCUGGAGGAAGGGCCGCGGAGCUGCCUGCUGCGCUUUCGCCACAAGCUGGAGGAGGACAUCAAGCCCACCUACCUGAUGGACCACAUGAUCAGUGAUGGCGUGAUCACUGUGGAUGAGGAGGAGAAGGUCAAGACUCAGUCCACCAGGAAGGAGCAGGCUGUGGCCCUGCUGGAGCUCUUGCUGAGGAAGGACAACCGUGCCUACAUCUCGUUCUACAACGCCCUGAUCAAAGAGGCAUACGACGACCUGGCCAGUCUGCUCCACGGUGACUUACCACGCAGCUCAUUUGACCCCAAGGUCGCCUCUGAUAGCUGUGCAUCUUAUGUCCAGACGGUGCUUAGUGAAGGUGGAGUGCCUCAGAGGCCUGUGGUGUUCGUCAACAGACCCGAGUUGGUGAAUCGGAUCAGAGAGAAGCUUUACCGGCUCCAGAAAGACGGCGGCUGGGUUACCAUCUUUGGAAUGGCUGGCUCGGGCAAGUCUGUGCUUGCUGCCGAGGCUGUCAGAGACCGCUCACUCAUAGAAGAGUGCUUUCCUAAUGGCGUCCACUGGCUGUCCAUCGGCCAGCUGGACAAGCCAGACCUGCUGGUAAAGAUCCAGUCGCUGUGCUUUCGUCUGGAGCAGAGCCUGGAUUCCCAGUGCCGGACCCCCAACUCCCUGGAUGAGGCAAAGGAGCGCCUGCGGUUUCUCAUGCUCCACAGAUACCCGAGAUCUCUGCUGAUUCUAGAUGACAUCUGGGACAGUACAGUGCUGAAGGCGUUCGAUAUCCACUGCCGGAUAAUACUGACAACCAGAAAUAGAAGCCUUGUUGAUACUGUUAGUGGUGCUAAACAUGAGGUGGAAGUGGAGAGCGGUCUGGACGACACGAAAGGACUGGAGAUCCUUGCUCUGUACACUAACAUGAAACCCCACGGACUUCCUGAGGAAGCUCGCAGCAUUGUCAGAGAAUGUAAAGGCUCCCCUUUGGUGGUGUCUCUGAUCGGGGCUCUGCUCAAAGAGAAGCCCAACCGGUGGCAGUACUACCUCCGCCAGCUGCAGCAGAAGCAGUUCAAGCGUAUUAGGAAGUCAUCGUCGUACGACUACGACGCCCUGGACCAGGCCAUGUCUGCGAGUAUCGAGGUCCUACCUGACGAGCACCGGGAGCUCUACAAGGACUUUACUGUGAUCGAGAAGGACGUCAAAAUCCCUGCUAAGGUGCUCUCCGUUCUGUGGGACCUGGAGCCGGAGGAGGUGGAGGACAUUCUUGAGGAGUUUGUCAAUAAGUCUCUGCUUUUUGUGGACAGUCACAACAAACCGUACCUGUACUACCUUCAUGACCUCCAGCUGGACUUCCUGGUGGAGCAGAACCGCACCCAGCUCGAGAGCCUUCACUCUAAGGUGGUCCAUCAGUACCAGCAGCACUACAGACUCGGCCCCCCGACCUCAGGAGAUGAGGAGUGCCUUUAUUGGAUCAGAUUUUUGACCUACCACAUGGCCAAAGCCGACCUCUCUCAGGACCUCUACUCCCUCAUGUUCUCUCUGGACUGGGUCAGCAUCAAGGCCAAGAUAAUGGGUCCGGCUCACCUCAUCAACGACUACGUGGAGUACGGAUCCAUCCUGGACAAAGAGAACAGCGAAGUUCGCAGUCAGUUCCAGGAGUUUCUGUCUCUGAAUGGCCAUCAGCUGGAGCAGCGUCCGUUCCCCGACGUAGUGCAGCUUGCUCUGUCUCAGCCGCACGACUCUGAGGUGUACAGGCAAGCGAAGGCGAAGGCGAAGGAGCGAGCCGACACCGGGAAACUCUACAUUGACCUGCUGAACAUAAGCGGCGUGGAGAGUCUGUCUCUCUUGGUGAUCCACCCUCACCAGGGCUCCGUCUACUCCGCCUGCUUCUCCCACGACGGAACCAAGAUCGCCUCUUGCGGAGCGAGCAAGACGCUCAGGGUGUUUAAAAGUACCUCAGGUGAGAAGCUCACAGAGAUCCAGGCCCACGAUGACGAAGUGCUUUGCUGUGCCUUCUCCCCCGACGAUCGUCUCAUAGCGACCUGCUCCAGCGACAGGAAAGUCAAGGUGUGGAACGUGGAGCAAGCCAAGCUGCUGAGGGUCUUUGCGGAGGAGCACGAAGAGCAGGUCAACCACUGCGAGUUCACCAACACGCCGCGGCGCCUCCUGCUGGCCACCUGCUCCAACGACAAGAUGUUGAACGUCAAGCUGUGGAACCUUAACAAGCCGUCCUCCCAGAACACCAUGUUCGGCCACUUCGAGCCGGUCAACCACUGCUGUUUCUCCCCCGACGACAGCUACUUGUCCACGUCCUCCAACGACGGCACCGUUAAGCUCUUCCAGGUCUCGUCCGCUAACGAGUGGAAGACGAUCAACGUGAGGGAUGUGUUCGCAGAGAGCGACGAAGACGUCCUCGUCAAGUGCAGCACCUGGACGGCGGACGGCCGACGCCUCAUAUGUGCUGCCAGAAAUGCUGUUGUGGUGUUUGAUGUGGAGACGUGCGACAUGUUGCUGGAGAUAAAGACCAGUCGCCUGAGCACGGUGCAGUACUGUCACGCCUGUCCCACCAGUAACCUGCUGGCCAUUGCCUUCUCAAACUACGCAGUGGAGCUGUGGGACCUGGAGGCCAAUAAGAAGAUGGCCGACUGCAGCGGUCACCUGAGUUGGGUCCAGCGCGUCCAGUUCUCUCCCGACGGCUCGCAGCUGCUCUCCUGCUCCGAUGACCAGACCGUGAGGUUAUGGGAGACCAGGAAGGUCCACACGUCCGCGGCCAUCUACCUGAAGAGAGACUCGGACGUCCUCUUUAACGGCGACGAAAUCAUCGUGUCUGCAGCAGACAACUGCAACAGACUGCAGGUGCGUGACGGCAGAACGGGGUCGGUGUUGUUCCAGUCCGAGGAGAAGUCAUCCAGGAUCCGGUGUACGUGUAUGUGCAGGCAGCCCUCUGCGGUGGUGCUGGGCCAGGAGAACGGCACGGUCCAGGUGUUGGAGGUGCCCUCUGGGAAGCUCCUAGCCACUCUGCUGGGACACACUAAGACUGUGCUGCACUGCCAGUUCAGCCAGAACGGCCAAACGCUUAUCACAUCCUCGGAGGACGCCACCAUAAGGGUGUGGAGGUGGCAAUCAGGCGAGUGCAAAGUACUUCAGGGCCACAAGGAGCAAGUCAGAAGCUUCUCUCUUCUCUCCAAUUCGCCAAACGACUCCAGGCUGCUGUCCUGGUCCUUCGAUGGGACCGUGAAGGUGUGGGACACCGAGAGCGGAGAGAAGCUGCAGGAUCUGGAGGCUCAUCGCGGGGCCAUCCUGUCCUGCCACGUCUCGCCGGACGGAUUUCUCUUUGCCACCACCUCUGCUGACAAGACCGCCAAGCUCUGGUGCUGUGAGUCCUGGCGCUGCGUCCGCACGCUGAACGGCCACCAGGACUGCGUCCGAAGCUGCCGGUUCUCGUGGGACGGUCAACGCCUGGCGACGGGGGACGACAACGGGGAGAUCCGGCUCUGGAGCGUGAAGGAUGGCGUCCUGCUGAAGAUUUGUUCUCGGGACAGUAAGGACGGCAUGGACUCACUGCACGGAGGCUGGGUGACAGAUCUGCACUUCUCACCAGACAACUCUCUUCUGGUCUCAACUGGGGGCUACAUCAAGUGGUGGAGUGUGGAGAGAGGCGAAGCCCUGCAGACCUUCUAUCCGACGGGGAGCGCUCUGAAGAAGAUCCACGUGUCGUCCGAUUUCUCCACCUUUGUCACCAUCGACAACAUCGGCAUCCUCUACAUCCUCCAGAGGGUGGCGUGAUGACUGCCCGCACAGCUCCAAAACAGAAAAAACUAAAACCAAAUACUAUUUUCCAACCAAGUACUACAAUUUCUUACAAAAAAAAAAAAAAGCUAAACCAGCCGUUUGGGACGCUUGCAGGAUGUUGAACUGAAACACUUCUCAGAUACAUAGUUUACAUUUUCACUGCACACUUUUUACAUUCUCCAAGAAUAAAAUAAGGCAUUACACACGUAUGCUUUAUUUCCUGUAGGGUGAAACAACCCCUUACGAUCAGCUGUUUCAGAUUUGGGACGAUGUUGCAUGCACGUUAUUAGUUUGCACAUGAAACAGAAUUAAAUAUAUUGUAAAAGCAAGAUAGGGUGCAUUAAAUAGUAAAAGGGCUGCACUUCCUGGUGAUCAGGAGUAAGCACAUUUUCAGUCCGCGUUAAUGAGGAGGUGAAUAUCAGCAGGUUAAAAAAUGUCUUAAUCCAUGUUGCAUUAAGGCUGAACUUUAUUGUAUGUGAUGUAGAGACUUUUCGCUCUGUGCUAAAUAAGCCGCUGUUUAUGUUAGAGCAUUUGACUCGACUGUGCUGUGAUGUAUUUUGGUUUGAGGGUGAAUCUUCUGAACGUCAUUUCAAUAUUAUCAGCUGUGGAGGAUUUUAUUUCCCCUGACGGCAGCCUCACUCUGAAUGGGAAUAUACUAUCUUGUGUAAAUGAUGUAACGAUGUAAAUGCCUUCUCAGUCCACCACCAGCACAGAUGGAUAAAACUUUUGAUAUUCAGAUAGAGAGCAUGAUGCAAUUCUGUGAUUUAACCAUCAUUUUUUAGUCAUUUUCAACUUUACACACCACUUUUUACUGGUGUGUAUCUGCAUGCUGUCUUACUACUGAGCCAUUUUUUGACCUGAGCACUUUGAUACCCGAGAAACAAUCUUUCAUGAAGCUUGAAACACUUCCCAUCUUUAAGUGCUAGUUUUUUUAAGUAUGUGAAAGCAGAAGGAGUCCCUCCUUAUACUGUCUAACUGUUCAUAUCGUACUUUUCUUGAAUGGUGCUUUAAAGCUGAAAUGAUUUUUUUUUUUUUUUACCUGCGAGGAAUAAUCUGGUGUAUUUGUUGAAGUAUUGGUGUCUGCCUGGUACAGUUGAUACAGUUAAAUGAUGUGGUGCAAUGUGAGUUUAAUUUAUAGAAGAUUAAACUGCCCGUGUGUCUUGAUUGUUUUCUGUUUCUCGUGAAAAUGUGAUUUCUGCGGUGUCGGUUUAUGAACCUCGCAGUUCUCCCGGCUGAAUCUACAUGUCACCCGUUCUUGAAAAUAGAUUUUCACACCCAGAAUGAUGUGAGUGAAAAUCCCAUGUGUUGUGAAGAGAAAUUACUUUCAUGACAGCUUGGCUUAAUAACUACUUUAACAGGUUUUCUUCAUCUCUUUGCAGUUGAAAAUUAAAAUGCUCUUGCAGCAAAUGUA